GGCUCAAAACAUCGAUUGCCGAAACGCCAUUUUCAUCAUCUUCAACCGAUUUCUUCACUGGAUUGGAUCCAAGAGCAGGAGGAGAAAAGAUUGAGGAUAUGAUGAGGAAGACGACGUUCAAGGGAGCGAAUGUGUUCAUGUCUAGGAAUCUAGUGCCGCCUGAGAUAUUUGAUUCACUUCACGACGCUCUCAAGGAUAACGGAGCUGAUAUCUUUCUCUGUUGUGAUCCUUCUAGGAAUGGACCUAAUGAUUACCACAUUAUCUCCUCUCGAGAUCAUGAGAGGUUUGAGGAUCUGCGGGAGAAAGGUUGUAAUUUGCUUGGUCCUCAAUGUGUGUUAUCUUGUGCAAAAGAGCACAGAGUACUGCCCAAACAAGGAUUCACUUGUUGUCUUGCGAUGGAUGGAGUCAAAGUAUUGGCAUCAGGCUUUGAAAUGGAGGGAAAGGUUGAGAUUGGCAAGUUAGUGACUGCUAUGGGAGGUGUGUUGCAAACUAAAGCAUCUUCAGAUGUUAGCUUUGUGAUUGUGAAGAAUGUACUGGCUGCAAAAUAUAAGUGGGCUUUGAACACUUUGAAGAAACCAAUUGUAUCCGAGAGUUGGCUGCACCAGUGCUGGAAAGAGCAUCGUGUUGUUCCUCAUGAAUCAUACAGAGUUCUUCCAUUUUUUGGGUUGACAAUUAGCGUCACCCAAGUUCCCUUAGAUGCGCGGAAGGAGAUAGAAAAGCUUGUCCUACAGAAUGGAGGGAAAUAUUCUGCUGAGCUAACGAGAAAGAGUACUCAUUUAGUGUGUGAUGCUCCUGAAGGUGACAAAUACAAGGUUGCCAAAAGAUGGGGUCAUAUUCAUAUUGUUACUAGGGCAUGGUUCGACCAGUCUGUUGCUAGAAGAGCAUGUCUGAGUGAGGAGUCAUAUCCUGUCCAGAGAAGCCCUGUCACAUCUAUGAAUAGUCAAAGGACUUCUUUAACGGUGCAGCGCAGUCAGGACAAGGUUACCAGAAACUCACAGUGUGGUCCUCAUUCUAUGACCCAUCAAGAGAUUUCAUGUGACGGGAUGGCCGAUGCAGACCUGGAAGCAACUCUCUCGCAGAAUAUGGCUUCUACUUUCUCAGAUAUUCCCAUCUUUAUUAACGAGGACAAUAGAGUACCUAGCAUACAGCCUAAAAGUUCUGUGAACAUUGAUGGUUGUGUUGCCAAAGACUCUCAAUCUGAAGACAAUGAUUUGUACUUGUUGAAUUGCAAAAUUCAUCUUGUUGGUUUUGAUGCUUCUGAAAUGCGUAGAUUGGUCAACAUGGUUCGAAGAGGAGCUGGUUCCCGUUACAUGUCUCUCAAUGAACAAUUAACACACAUUGUUGUUGGAACUCCCUCAGAAACUGAGAAGAAAGAAGUAAGGAGCCUAUCUGCUAUGGGUGUCAUCAAUGUGGUAAGAACAGUAUGGCUUGAGGAUUGUGAACGUGAAAAGAAAGAAAUUCCUGUACUCCGGAGACAUGUUGCUUAUGAUUUGCUCCUCCCAAAAGAUUCCACAUCUUUUAGUAAAGGAUCUGUAAGUGCCAUACCUGGUCCGAAACAAGGGAACCUCUCAACCUUGCAACCAAUUUUGCCCAGUGAUCAAUCCCAAAGUUUUAAUAAGGGUCAACAGACAGUUCAGCAUGGUAUCAGGAAUGAAAGCCAGGACAAUGUAUCUAGUGUAUUUAGAGGCCGAUCAUUUCGCUUUUCCAGUUCCUUUCCUGAUGUUCAAAGAGCUGAAAUUGUCGAUUGGAUUCAUGAAGGAGGCGGCGAAGUGGUGGACACUAGGGCUGAAAAAACUGUUAAUUACACUGUUGAAACCCAUGGUGUUCUAUGCAGUCCAUCCCAAUUUAGUGGUGUUACUAAUGUAUCCUCUCACUGGAUUCGCUCAUGUCUACAGGAUGGCUACUUGCUUGACGUUAGCAGUCACAUUCUCUUUUCUCCACUUCAAUGCAAAGUUCCAUUACCUGGAUUUAUAGGGCUUCACUUUUGCGUAUCCCAGUAUGAGGAAAAGGACAGAGAGCUACUGAGAAACUUAUGCCAUAUUCUUGGAGGAAGAUUGGUUAACAGGUUGACUAAAAAGGUAAACUAUUUAAUAUGCAAAUUCACCGAAGGUCCAAAAUACGUGGCUGCUUGUGAAUGGGGGAUACAAACAGUGACAAUCAAGUGGAUUUGGGAGUGUGUUAAGCAGAACAAGAUAGUUGCAUCCGGCCAAUUUUUGCCGAAAGAAGCCACCAUCAGUGAUCGAGAGGCAGGAAUGUGCACUACCAGCCAGUAUCCAACUCAGGCUGUUGGAAUGGUUUCUGCAGCUCGUUCAUCUGAACUAGCAAGUCAAUCCCAGGACCCCAAAACCGUUGACGGCCAAGUUGAUACCAGAGCUUUCAUUGCAAGGAAGGAGGUGAAGUAUUCAGUUAUGUGCGGUAAAAGAUCAAGGCUCUCUGAAGAUAGAUCAAGUCAUGAAGAUCCUGUUAUCCCUACUGAAACGAAUAUUACUGGAAAUGGUGGGGAUGUUUCCAAGUCAGUCCCUGAUGUCGCUGCUGCUAUCGAAGAUUUGCUGGAGCAGACAAGCAAGAUUCAUGAUCAGAAGUCACCGGAGAGAAGAACAGCUGAAAAAAAUGUAUCCGAGGUGUUUACAUCUGAUUGUUCGAGGCUUGGCCAUGAUCAGAAUCCUCAUUCUGCGUUUGGGUUGUCUAAGCACUGGACAAGGAGGUCUAAUGAAAAGGACGACAUUACCAACCCCGGUGGAGAAGAAAAUACCGGCAUUUAUGGAGGUUUCAGUGAAACACAAACAGAAUCUCAGGUUGUGAGCUAUGAAGAAGAUUUAUCAGGGAGGCAGAUGAUCAUAGACAGAGUUCGGACACGAAGUGGCCUCACACCCAACCCAUCAUCAUUAACAUGACGUGGACCGAUAACAUGGAAAAAUGGCACUCAACUAACCUUUCGGUCUAGUCUCGUCUGGUGUUGCGGGUUUAGUUAGCGCGGGUGACGAUAAAAUGAAAAAAAAAACACAACCAAAUAUGUAAAACUGGUAAGAGUAGACUGCAUCAACAUAUAUUUUCAUCUGGUACUUGUAUAAGGGAUGUAUAUCUUGAUAGUUAGAAAAAGAAUACAUCAUAUUAGUAAAUGUA